AUGCUCCAUGCACUUCGCUCCGCUGCGCGACCCUCCGCUCCGAUGCUCCGAUGCUCCACUCCGCUCCGCAGCUCUUGUGUUGACAUUCUGCGCUCCGAUGCUCCGAUGCUGGGACGCAAUUGCUCAGCUUACCUGUUCUGCGCAGCGGCGCAGCAGCGCACCGGCGCAAGUGCAACCUAUAACAGCGCAGCGCCGCAGCAGCGCAGCAGCGCACCGGCGCAAGUGCAACCUAUAACAACAGCGCAGCGGCGCAGCAGCGCAGCAGCGCACUGGCGCAAGCGAAGCCUAACAACAGCGCAGCGGCGCAGCAGCGCACAGGCGCAAGGAAACAACAGCGCAGCAGCGCAGCGCAACCUUACAACAGCGCAGCGGCGCAGUAGCAGAGAAAGCAUAGCGCGCACGUACCGACUGGAGCGGCGCAGCGGCGCAGCGGCGCAGCGGCGCAGCGGCGCAAAGCAGUUUAAGGCGGCCGGUGAAGCUGUGAUAGCCUUAAAGGAUCAACAAGCUGCUCGAACUGGACUCAAUGAUGGUUUCAAAGAGGCCUCCAAGGUAAUCCGUCAACCAGAGCCUUUUGGGUCUGAAGUUCAUGAAGAGGACUUAGGACGAUGGCAGGAUUUCAAUGUGAAUUUCCGCGCUUGGCUUUUCUAUGGCAACAAGCACUUCGAGGGUGACCUGCAUAGGAUAGAAUCUGUGCAUGGAGAUAUCCCUAUACCUAGCGUUGAUGGAGAAGCCCCAGAAGUUCAGGCACUGCAACAGCAUGUUCAACUUCAAAUGACAGAGACCUCCUCCUAUGACCAAGUGCGCACCAUGGUGAUCUCCUACGAGCGCACCACUACAAGCUGGAGUGCAGGCAAGAUCCAUAGCGAGCUGGGCAUUUUGUCCUCAGACUCCAAGAAGGUGAACCAGGUGGAAUCGCAGACCACAACUUCCGCUGCAACUUCUUCCAGUGGUGGUGGCCCUUCCAUUUCACCGCCUUCUACAGCAGCUGUCAUGGGAGUUCCACCUACUCCCGAUGAACAUGCUGACGAUGAUGUUGGCCCAGAGCUACCAGCUCAACAGUUUCUGCAGGCGGUGCUGCAGAUGUUUCUGUUCAUGGAACACAUGUACACCAAAGAGAUGAUGCAGACGAAGGUGGUGACAGCAGGCCAUCCAAACAACAGAGAGUUGGAUGAACUUGAAAGCUAUGACUAUGGGUUGGAUGAUGUUGAGGACGACAGUGAUGAACCUCAGCUUAGCUUUCCAACUUUGAGUGACGACGUUCUGAAGCUUUUGACUGGCGAGUGCUCUAAGCUUUCGAUCGACACCACGCUCUACAAGACAUCAAUGCCUCAUGGACUUGAUCCUCAGACGAUACAGUUGAUGCAUGACACCAAUGCUGUCUUGCGUGCCCGAUAUGAUCGACUUGAAGCUCUGUACGAGGAGGCUGAGUCAGGAUGAGGACGCUAUGUAUACUCUCCAGAACCAGAUGGAUGAAGUCUUGCAUUUGAUGUACGACAUUUGAGUUUUUAGCGAUAGAAUCCAUGCCCUUUUUGCUUUGUGACAUUAGUUGAAUGUCUCAUGGAUUCAAACCAAAACUUUGAAAGCAACAUAGGUCAAACGACCAUGUUGAGGCGGGGUGAACA